AAAGAUGCUAUUAAAAACUAAGUAUUGUGAUAUCUUUGACAUCGGCAGCGAGAUAAAAGUCACGCGGUUAUGUUUGGUGAUUGACGAAUCCGGUUGUGUAUGAGAUGUAAUAGUGGUAUAUACAAAAAUGCUGAAACCUAAAGCUUUAACGCAGGUUUUAAGCCAGGCAAAUACCGGCGGAGUGGAGAAUACGCUGCUGUUGAACCAUGAAGGUGCUCUUCUGGCCUACAGUGGCUAUGGAGACAGGGAUGCAAGAGUGACAGCGGCAAUUGCGAGCAACAUUUGGUCAGCAUAUGAGAAGAAUGGAAGGAAUGCGUUCAAGGAAGACAAUCUCCAGCUGGUGUUAAUGGAAUGCACAGAAGGAAAAGUGGCAGUGACACAGGUUGCUAAUCUGCUCCUCUGUCUGUAUGCAAAAGAAGGUGUUGGAUUUGGGCUUCUAAAAGAAAAAGCACAGGCACUUGCAAAGUACUUGGAUGGACCACUGAAACAAGUUGCAACAUCAUAAAUAAAAUGGAUUUCAACUUUGUUACAGCCAAUUAAUGCUUAUUUAUUUACACUGUAAUUUUAUAUAAUUAAAAUACAAAGUGAUCUCAUAAUGUUACAGUUCACACUUAAGUCAUCAGUUAUUAAGGCAAAUUAGUUUUAAUACUUGUAUGGUUUUUAUAAUUGAUAGUGCUACACAAAUUUAUUGUUGCUUCUGACAUUGCUGAUCGAUAUUCUUGUUUCGCGCCUUUGAGCAAAUACAUUUGAAGUAUAAUUGUACCACAAA